AUGCGAUUGUCAUUUUUUACGUUGUUUUCAUUCGGUUUGGUUCGUAAAAUAAUUGUCAACUCCUUGUCUCACUCUCCCUUCUCCAACACAUCUCCUCUCUUAUCAUCCUCUCUCUUUUUUCACUCACUCCUGUCUUUUGCUUUCUUCUCUUUCUCCCUUAAUUCUCCAUCUUCCCUUUCUCUCCUCUCUCUCUCUCUCCUCAUCGCGUUCUCCCUCCUUUCCUCGUCCAUACUCUCUUUCUUUCUCUUCAUCUUUCACCUUCUCCUACAUCUCUUUCUUCAGCCUAUCCUACUUCAUUUUCUCUUUCUCCCUCUUCUUAUCACCACUUACUCCCCCCCAUGUUCUCUUUUCCCCUCCUCUCCACCAUCUUCUUUGUCUCUCUCUCUUCUCCGCCAUAUUCUCCUCCUCCUCCUCCUCUAUCUUCACGCUAUAGAUAUUCUCUCCUUUCUUUCGCUUUUUCUCUCUUUUCCAUCCAUAUCUUUCUCUCUGGCAUAA